GCGCCGUCGCUACGCUGGGCGGCUAACAUGGCGGCCUCCAGCUGGCUGUGCGCGGUCCUCCUGUUUUUGUGUGCCUCGGACCUUCUGCUGCUCCCUCCUCCUGGGGCCUGCGCGGCCGACACGCCGGGCGAAGCCACCCCACCUCCACGGAAAAAGAAGAAGGACAUCCGCGAUUACAAUGAUGCCGACAUGGCGCGACUUCUGGAGCAGUGGGAGAAAGAUGACGACAUAGAAGAAGGAGACCUUCCAGAGCACAAGAGGCCCUCUGCACCUGUUGACUUCUCAAAGCUAGACCCAGGCAAGCCUGAGAGCAUCUUGAAAAUGACAAAGAAAGGGAAGACCCUGAUGAUGUUUGUCACCGUGUCAGGGAACCCCACUGAGAAGGAGACAGAAGAAAUCACUAGCCUGUGGCAGGGCAGCCUGUUCAAUGCCAACUAUGAUGUUCAGAGGUUCAUCGUGGGCUCAGACCGUGCUAUCUUCAUGCUCCGGGAUGGGAGCUAUGCCUGGGAGAUUAAGGACUUUUUGGUCAGCCAAGACAGGUGUGCUGAUGUCACUCUAGAGGGACAGGUGUACCCUGGCAAAGGAGGAGGAAGCAAGGAGAAAAAUAAAACAAAGCCAGAGAAGGGUAAAAAGAAGAAGGAGGGAGAUGCCAAACCACGGGCUUCCAAGGAGGACAAUCGGGCUGGGAGCAGAAGAGAAGACCUCUAGCAGGUGGCAUACUUCCCGCCGGUCAGGCAGGACCAGACACAGCCCCUUGCAGGCCCGUGGAGUGAGGAACCUGCAUAUCAGAUGACAUUCUCAUGUCUUCUAGAAAGGGUCUGUGCAUGACCUCUGGUCAGUAUCACAGUUACUGUAUGAAGGCUUCACACAUGAAGGCAGGGCUUUGUGAUUGGUAGCGGACACUGGCAAAACAUGCUAACUGUGGCAUCACCUGACAUGGAAACUUGAUAGAUGUUUUGUACCUCUUGUAUCUGGUGAGUCCUUGACACCUCCAGAGUACCACUCCCUCCUCUUCACUGCACAGACUUGAUGUGUUUGUGCGUUAUAAGCUCUCGUCAGACAAGCCUUGAGAACCUGUGGCUUGACUGAGGCAGGCAUUGAUUGUGCAGUUGGUGAAGAUAAGUGUGCUGUAUGAGCAGUGCAGCUGGCUCUGCACGCCCGGGAUUCAGACAGCAAGCUCAUUAUGCAGGACAUGCGGAUUCACGAGAUGGUGCCACCCAAAUCCUAAGGAAUCAUUUCAGAUGGCUUCAGCCCUCCUCAUCAGUUCAGGAGAUCCAUUGUCUGUCAGUCUUCCUGUGGUUGUAAGGGGAUGCUGUUCUUUCUCAUGUGAGGAGAGAAGGGUGCUUCCUUUGAGGGCUCAUGCUCUCAUGGCCCGACAACUAUAAAGUUGAUGAGGAGGGACCAGCAGAAUCUUCCAGAGUGAGCCUCAUCUGCAGUAUUUCUAAGUGUUUUUCUUUGAUAAAGUGCCUAAAUUUGUGCUUUUGUAUGGUACUCUAAUGGUGUGCUACUGUUGCAUCUGGGGUUUGCUGUUCAUGGGUUGGAGCCUAUCUAAAAGAACAUUUCUGUGAGGAUGCCUUUUCUAAGAACUUACAUUCUUUAAAACCUCAGUUGUGAUUUUAAGAAAUUCAGAACAGUCCAUGUACACAUACAUGGCUAGAAAGUGUCACUGUCAGAGUGUUGCAGUGUGGAGAAUUGCCCUACCCUGCUGCCAAUACUUCGUCCCAGUGGAGCUACUGUUGAUCAUUGGUUUUUCAAAAAUAAAGUACGUUUACCAGCUUCCAGUGAUAAAUAUA